AUGACUAUCUUUUAUCAACAGACACUCCAGGAGGGCAUCGCUCUCGCUGUGAGAGAGGCGAAGGCGGUUGUUUGUUUCGUUCGAGAUGAUGCCGAGCUCAGCAAGACAUGGGAAGAGGAGUACUUUGCGGACCAUGAUAUUACACAAGCGCUCCAAGAGAAAGCUGUUUCAUUGCGCCUCAGUUCAGGGAGUCAGGAAGCCGCGUUCUUGACUUCUUUCUGCCCGAUCCCGAAAUUUCCUACGGUUGUCGUUAUCAAGAAUGGCACUUUACAGGAAUUCAUUGCGCCAGACAUUUCCAAGACCGACUUCUUGGAACGGUUGAAGACAGCUUUGGAGGGCAAAUAUGCACCUCCUGCGCCUCAGCAACCUCCGGCUAGUGCUGCUGGGAACAAUGGCGUAACGACUUCGAGCUCACCUCCUGCGCCACCUCCUGCACCUUCCCCAGCACAGCAGGCUUCGCAAAGUGUCCCCGGGCCGUCUCGAUCUACAGCUACGAACAAUACUACAGGACCAAGUGCAGGAAGUGGUAUUACAAUCAACCGACAGCCUGUGGAGCCCUCACCACGGAAAGAGCUCAAGACAAAGAAACCCAAACCCAAGGAGGAAAAAGCUCAACAAGCACAAACGCCCAAGGCAUCCGCUAAACCGACUACCGCAAAAGCCAGCAAACAACCCAAAGAAGAAUCAAAACCGCAACCGCCUCCUGUUCCUCGAGGACCUCCAAAGGAAUAUCGUCUUCAGGUCCGUUUAUUCGAUGGAAGCUCCGUUCGAUCUACAUUCACCCCCAAGCAAACCAUCCGCAAUGAGGUGCGCGCUUGGCUAGACGAACACAUGACCGAAGAUAACAGACCCUACAACCUGAAGCAUAUCCUAACUCCACUCCCGAGUCGGACCCUUUCCGUUGUGGAAGAGUCGCAAACACUCGAGGAAUUGGGUCUUGGCUCCACAGCAACCUUGGUUAUGGUGCCCGUUCAAUCAUUCACAUCAGCCUACAGCGCUGGGUCUAGUCUGCCCGUACGAGGUAUCUCAGCCGUAUAUGAUAUGGCAACUUCUGUCGCAAGUUCGGCGGCUGGCUUUGUUGGCUCGUUCAUUGGAUAUGGCUCUAGUGCACAGCCGACAGAAAGUGAGCCAUCUAGACCUGCGCCUGCUCAGAACCCUCCACGACUACGGCCUUCGGGUCCUAACAUUCGGACGCUGCAUGAUCAGCGGAAUGACGAGAGGGAUAAGCAAUUCUACAAUGGGAAUCAGUUGAACUUUCAGCCACGCGAUCAAGAUGGCAAGGACAGUUGA